UGCCAUCACUGGUUAGUACUACUGUUACGAGAAAAGUGACGCACUCCGAGUGUUUGAGAGCACGACUUCAGUAUCUCCAGGUGUCCCGUCAAUUCUCAGUUUUGAACCAUGGACAGCUACAUCACUCCUGAGAACGGCCAGCAUGUGUUGGUGACCGGUGGUGCCGGGUAUGUCGGCUCAACCCUGGUCCCCAUACUUCUACAAGAGGGUUACUUCGUCACCGUGUACGACAUCUUCAACUUCGGGGUGUUCCCGCUGCUACCCGUGGCCGGACACCCCAGGCUCCGGCUCAUGGAGGGCAGCAUCACGGACGAAGUCAAGCUGGCGGAGGCAAUGUCUGAUGUGGACUCUAUCGUCCAUCUUGCCGCCAUCGUGGGGUUCCCCGCCUGCGCGGCUAAGCCGGACCUCGCCGUCAAAAUCAACAAGGAGGGCACAGAGAAUAUUGUCCGCCUGCUGAAGCCUCACCAGCGCAUUGUGUACUCGUCCACCGGGUCCUGCUACGGGGCGGUGGAGGGGAUCUGCACGGAGGAGACCCCGAUCAGCCCGCUGACCCUCUACGGGGAAACCAAGGCCGCCGGAGAGAAGGCCGUCAUGGGGGCGGGAGGCGUGGCGCUCCGCCUGGCGACAGUCUUCGGAGUCUCUCCCAGGCUACGUCUCGACCUCCUGGUCAACGACCUGACCUACAAGGCGCUGAGCGGCCACCACUUCGCCCUGUACCAAGCCUCCUUCCGCCGCACGUUCCUCCACAUCAGGGACGCGGCAAUGGCCUUCGCCUUCGUUCUUAGGAACUAUGAGAAGAUGUCAGGGCAGGCGUAUAACGUAGGGUCCGAAACCAUGAACCUGACUAAGGCUGAUCUAGCUAAAAAGAUCCAAGAGUUCAUCCCCAAAUGUGUGAUCACUUUGUCAGAUGAGGGAGAGGAUAAGGAUAAGCGUGAUUACGAGGUGUCCUACGCUAAGCUCCGUAAGCUAGGGUACAACACAACCCUUACUGUAGAUGAUGGUAUCCGUGAGUUGGUCAAAGUCAUGCCUUUUCUCUCAGAGAGGGAACUCCGUACAUGCAGCAAUGUUUAAAAGCAUCUAAUGCGACUUCAGGGCAAGAAAACUGGCAAUAUCCUGAAUAAGGCAAAUCUUUGUGACAUUGACACAUACUAGUACUGCUUCACAUUAGCACAUUUGAGUCAGUAUUUCAUACUUUGGGCUUUUAAAACUGCAGAAACAAGCCCCAA